GCCAUCUCAUCGCAGGGCCAACACAGAUAGACAGACAACAUUCACACACUAGGACCAAUUUUAGUGUUGCCAAGCUAUCCCCAGCUGGUGCAUGUGUUUGUUUUUCAUAAAUUUUCUCUUUUUUGUUCAUGUGGAUUAUUUUUUUCAGGCAUUCUUCUCCCCACUUUAAGAUGAUUGACAUGAGUUUUUAUUGUGAAAUCAGUUAAUGAGUAGCCGUGUGGCGUGUCAGCUGGCCACAAACAGAAAGCACAUUGUUUGUCUGCGAGCAUGGGCUGUGUCCUUUCCACAGGAGAGUGAAGGCACAAGAAUCUAAUCAACGCCCAGAAGACCUAUGGAACUGUCGCUGGCUCACCCAGCGAUCAAAGCCUUCAUGUGUGGCUGUCUCAGUGGAACCUGCUCCACGCUACUUUUCCAGCCUCUGGACCUGGUGAAGACACGUCUGCAAACUUUACAAAGCCCUGUGCAGCAGGGUUCAGGCCGCGUAGGGAUGGUGACCGUGCUCCUGAAUGUGGUGCGAACAGAGAGGCUGCUGGGACUGUGGAAAGGAGUUUCACCGUCAUUCAUGAGGACCAUCCCGGGUGUGGGGCUCUACUUCAGUACCUACCACUCCUUGAAGCAGCACUUCUUCCAGGAAAAGAGCCCGGGAGCGUUGGGGGCCGUGCUGCUGGGAGGCGGAGCCAGGGCGGUAGCGGGGGUCAUAAUGUUGCCUGUUACCGUCAUCAAGACCCGGUUUGAGUGCGGCAAGUACCGGUAUCGCAGCGUGGCCGAGGCUCUGUGCAGCGUGUGUCGGAACGAAGGUCCUGCGGCUCUGUACUCCGGCUUGACGGCCACUCUGCUCCGAGACGUUCCUUUUUCUGGAAUCUACGUGAUGUUCUACAGCCAGAUGAAGACCUAUUUGCCAAAGGAGAUCAGCACGUGGGCUCCGCUGGCCAACUUCAGCUGCGCGACGCUGGCGGGCGUGUUGGCCUCGCUAAUCACGCAGCCCGCCGAUGUGGUGAAAACCCUGGUCCAAGUCCACCCUGCGCUGAAGACGACGGACGCUGUCAGACACAUCUAUGUGGAACAUGGCCCAAGGGGCUUCUUACGAGGGGCGGUGCCACGCUCUCUGAGGAGGACGCUGGUGGUAGCCAUGGCGUGGACAAUCUAUGAGCAAACCAUGGCUUACCUUGGCCUGAAGUCCUGAAGAAGAAAACGGAGAAGAUAUGAGAAGAGAUCAGGUCAAGUCUGAGCCGCCGCACAGAGCUGCUCUGGCUAUUUAAAGGUUGCAGAAGUGUACUCUCGGAAUUGUGUUUUCACGCAGUAAUGUAUUUAAAUUCUGAGCUUCUGGAUGGUUGACAAGUGCCUAACUGAGAGUUGAACACCGAUGAUUAACUGCACUGCAUUCUUUAACGCUGCACAAUACGCCUUGAAACAAAUGUUGAACAAGGCUAUAUUAAAUAUUAUAUAUAUUUAAUACCAAUAUUAAAGUAUUUGAUCUAUUUUUAAGAAAAUAAAAUCUUCAAUGUGUGCCUCUCA